AUGGAUUCACUCUUGCUAACAAGAGCUCCUUCCUCGUCUCCAAGUCUGCAAUUGCCACUGCCCCCAUCAUUUUCAUCUCUUCCACCUGAGCUCCGGCAAAUGAUCUGGCUCGAAUGUCUCGAUAGACGCCCGAAGCUGUACACCUUUGACCUUGCCAAAAGCAACCAAAGAUGCUCGCGAUGGCAAAGCAGCAAUAUCAACAAGGACAUUACGGCGAUCAAACCCAUAUUCGGCAUCUACUUUACACAGGAGCCAGCUCUAGUUGCCAGCUCGGUUGAUCGUCGCAUAUUGAGCGAGAUCUGUGCUGAAUCGAGAAAGACAGUGCUCAAAGUGUUUCCAAACAUCCUCCGCUUCGAGUUUUUCGGAGAAAAUUCGAUCAGCUCCAACGACGAUCCCGCCAAUGUGAAUGAGAAGACGGGAAAUAGGGUUGGCUUUUGCCGCUACAACAGCACACUUGAUGUCAUUUGCCUUCGCUUUAUCCGUAAUCACAUGUACCUCUUUCCCAAGAUCAUGUCCAUGACUUCCGAACCCUUCUCUGCGUUCCAGGCUAUCCAAAACUUAGCUUUGAUCUAUGACUUUGACGAUGACGAUGUUCUCAGCCCGGAAUACACCAAAUACCCCAUUGGUGCACCCCACAACCCGGAUGCUUGUACCUGUCUCGAAGGGUUGCGGUCCACUACCUGCAGGGAAGACAUGCUUCCUAGGUUUAUCAGAUGCUUCCCUAGUCUGAAGAAGCUCAUCAUGAAUGCUAUGAGCCCCCGACCUUGCGAAUACUACUGGGAUGAGACGCAGGUCAUACGGUAUACGGGAUGCAAAUGCUUUCCUGACCUUGGCGACUCUUCCUCACUUGCGUCGGCGAAGAAACACCAUCUCUGGCAGCUUGUCCCGAUUCAUAACCAUCAAAGCCAAGAACAGGAAUCGGAAUGCAUCGCCAUCGUUUAUGAUGAGGACACGGACUGCGCGGGUUUGAACUUGGGCCCUUCCAAAGUCUGGGAUGACAUCGAUACCAGCUAUGAACCCUCGGAGCACCUGGUCAUGAGAUAUUUGCACCCGCGAGACGCCCAAGGCCGCUGGCAACAACCGCGCUUCACCUUAAUGCCCGCGCCGUCACACUCACCCCUAGCGGCUUCAGAGAACAUCGGAUAG